GACUAGUAGUUGUCGUUAUUAGUGCUGUAUAUGUAUAGAAAUUAUUUUGAACAAAGAAAGUUACAUCACCAGAUUAUCUACGUCAAUGGAUAGAACAUUGGGGGAGUAGUCAGAUUACAAACAAGGUGGAAGUACAAAAUAAAAUCCCCUCAGGAUGGCCAGUGCGCUCUGUAAUAGAGCCAGGCUGGUGACCUACCUUCCAGGGCUUCAUGUACUGGUCGGGAGGCUAGCAGGAACCAGAACCUUUUCUGCUGCAGGAUCUUCUGGUUCUGAUGAACCUUAUAUUGCUGUUUCACCAUUUGACAUGGGUCAAAGAACAGUGUGGCCUGAUGAGAAAAUGGGCCCUUUUGGACCUCAGGACCAGCGUUUUCAGCUGCCUGGAAACGUAGGGUUUGACUGUCACCUGGAGGGUACUGCUGAUCAGAAGAAAAGAGUGCACAGAACUGUACCGGAUGUUCUAGCUGAGCCCUCAAACAGCGAAAGACACGAGUUUAUACUGGCACAGUUUGUCAAUGGGAUUCAGGAAAAUGAUGCUGCUCCCAGACCCCAGCAGGUCAACAAGGCAGAAAAAUAUUUUGAAAAUGCACAUGUGGAAUGCGCAAUACAAACCUGCCCAGAGCUGCUAAAAAAAGACUUUGCAUCAAUGUUUCCAGAGGCCCCUGCCAACAGUAUGACUGUUGUAACAGUAAGUCAGAAAACCAAAGCAGACAUGACCUCCUGGUGUGAAGAAGUGGAUGAGGAGCGAGAACAGCUACUAGAAAAAUUUAUCAAUGGUGCCAAGGAGAUUUGUUACGCCCUGCGGACAGAGGGAUACUGGGCUGAUUUCAUAGACCCUUCAUCAGGCGUAGCGUUCUUUGGAUCAUACACAAACAACACACUCUUUGAAACAGAUGAACGUUACCGUCAUUUGGGCUUCCGCAUUGAGGACCUGGGCUGUUGCAAAGUCAUUCAGCACACACUUUGGGGAACACAUGUGUUUGUGGGGAGUCUGUUCACAAACGCACCUACAGAUAGCCUUGUCAUGAAGAAACUACAAGGAAACUAACUGCUUUGUGAUGGAUACGGGGUAUAUCACUAUGUGCAUCCUCAGUAAUUGAUAUUCCUGACAAGCAAGCGAUAAGCCCUUUCUUUUCCUCCCCUCCUUUUUUAGAUUUUCAAACAUGUAUGUAAGAGAAUGUUUCUUUACUUAGGAUUUAAGUCUUGAGCUUUAAAAAACUCCAAAAAACCCUCAAGUAAUAUUUAUUUUAGCUUACAGAAAUAUGGACAAAAGGUAAUUAUAUGUAUGUUUGAAAUUAAUACAAUCAUUAUUGUAUUAAAGAGUUUAGGUAUUCCAAGAGCCUCAUACACACAGAUCACAUACUGUUCUUGCCAAGUUUAAAUAUGUUUGAGGUUUUAAAUAGUCUAAACAUUUGUAAUGUGUACAUAAAGAAACGCACUACAAAUCGGGGGAGGAUUUAAUACUUCAAAUCAACCAUAUUGAUACAAAGGAGCAACUGACUGGAGUCUUGCUUUCAAUAUAUAUAUAAAAAAAAAAAAGAGCACUAACUGGCUGACAAAAAUACAUUUCUCAAUUUAGUAAAAUGGGAACAAUUUGGGAUUUUUUUUUCUGAAAUUAGCAUAUUGGUUUAUUUUGUAUUUCAUUAAUUUUGUGAAAUUGCUGUAGAUUCAAUUGUAUUAGGAAGUGUGCAUAGAUAGGGUCACAAUUUCUAAAGCCAAUAUUCGGUGUGGCCUUGUUUUACAAUCUGGGUAAGACCAUAUUGUCUCUGUAAUAAAAAUGUGAUAUAUGAGAGUCACCUUAAAAUCUUCAAUGAUAAAAAACAAAACACUUUCACUGGGGGUUUUGUAAAUGUGAGUAAAUUAAUAUACAAUAUGGUUAAAUGAGAAUGGAUUAACUUGAAACUGUACCUUAAUGCAAUUUUGAAGGCAGCUUUUUAUCUGGAGAUCUUCAAACAACAAACAAUAAACCUCUUGUCCCAAA